AUGGAAAGUCUCCCCAAAGGCUUACUGACCACGGCGACAAAGGUAUCAACGGAGCUAGAUGGCGUGGGUCCGGUGAAUAUUGGGGAUGUCGUGCAGCUUUGGAAAGUCUACAGUGCCAAUCCAUCAGCGCAUGAUGACGACGUGGGAUACAGGCUGGAGAACUUCUUCUGGAGGAUAUGGGGGAGUCGUUGUCUGAACCAUACUCUCCUGGGAACUACGCUGGCCAGUCUGUUCCUACGUAUUUCCGAGCCCAACCCGUUUAGUUUGGUGCAGUUGAGCAAGGCGACCAAAGCAGCCCAAGCAGCCCAGUCAUCCAAGGGGAACCAUGAAGGGGGCUCGGGGAGGCCGGCUGGUAACAACGGGAAGGCACCACUUCACCCCAUACUUAAGAAGCCCAGAAACGGAAGUUCCAGCGGAGAAACACAUAAGACGACUCGUCUGCUUCUAACGGACAUUGACGGGCAGAGUACCACUCGCAAACCAUCAAAUCCCCCUACACCGGUUCCUCCAUCAGUGCCUACAAUGGGAGACACUGCGCCCCGACAGACGCAAAAGAAAGCGGUUUUUGUGGCUAGCAAGGCAAAAAGUAGCAAGCGUCGGCCUGUGAUCAUGCGGCGCAAGUCCUCACAGCAGUCGUCCGGUACCAGUUCUACCCGUGCCCAUAGUCCACCACCAGACUCACCGCAGCUGACUCUGGAAUAUACCCCAAACCAACCAAUUCAGGAACUUGGCAGUGCGUCAAAGGCUACCGUUGGUGCAUAUGAAAUCGAUGAGGCGGAGCCUUUGUCGAGAAGCCAUAGCAAAUUUCGUCCAAACCUUACCGUAUCCCCAAGAGACAAGACCGAGCUUACCGGUAACGGCCUUUUUGAAGAGGAUACACCCGAGAAGGAUCCGGUCCAGGGCGAAAAGGCACAACUCGAAAGACGCCCGGAACUCCCGGAGUUGUUUCUAUCUGACCUAAGAGAGCUUCUCGACACGGAUCGGCCAGAGGAGGCAUAUGUUAAGCCGCCGCCUCCACGUCGCAGAGCAUUUUAUGCAGUCGAACCUUCCCUACCUGAACCCAACUUCUUUUCGGCUACUGGGUGUCGCCGCUAUGAUGCACGAUAUCUGUCUGCGGAGAACUACGAGCAACCAUCUAGCAUGAAACUUGUCGACAAGAACUUCAGAAAGCGAUUCUCGGAUCGAGUACGCCAGGAACAAGUCCUGGUUUCUUCUUUAGGAACACCUGAGCCAGAGACCAAACCCAAGACGAUCCCACCCAAACCAGUACGGGCUGAAUCAAGCAGCACUGUCACUAAUGCCACACCAUCCCCAUCCCGGUUCGGGGAUUCACACGGAAAGGCGUCCACGGCCCCAAGCUCUGCCGUUCCUUUCCGGCGGUCUUCAAACCAUGAUGAUUCGUUUGCAACUGACAGUCAGGGCAGUACGGACGAGGAAGUGUCUCCAGUGUUGACCAACUUUUCGAUGCCACGCAGACAAAGCCAGCUUAGUGUGAUGAUCGAGCAGAGUCGACUGCAGGGGGGAGAAGAGGGUCAUCAAGAAACAGAAGAGGUCAUUGAAGAGAUUAGAGAGUAG